UGGAGAACACCGACGCAACACACCGAGCAGUCAGAAACAUCACGUACAUGACAAUGUUCACAACAAUUUGUCAAUGAAGAAGGACUUACAGUGACUCCUUUGUAGUAAUUAGACCAAUAAAAAGGUUACAUUGGUUGAUGUGCAGUAGCUGUGAACUCUGAGGAUAAGAAUGAAUGAGAUGGACAGACCUAUGGACAGACUAAAGAGGCACAGCCCAUGGGCCCUCCUACCUCCUCUGUUCUCCACCUGUGUCGCUGCUGGCCUUUUUAUGGUAUAUUUUGUGGCUGUUUCCCAUGGUCAAGUUGUACCCCUCACCUCACAGUAUCAGCCAAAUAAAAGUGUCCUUCCUCCUUACAUAAGCAUUGCAGGAAAUUCCCCACCGGCCAGCUGCAUUUUCAGUCAGGUGAACCUGGGAGCUUUUGCAGGGUUUAUUAUUGCUGUCUUCCGAUACCUCCAGAUCAAGAACACAUUGUAUAAGCCAUGGCUGAACAUUAUUUGUGUCUUUGCUUUUUCUGUUGCCUGCUUUGGGAUGACACUCAUCGGAAAUUUCCAAUUAUUUGUUGAGGAAGAAAUCCAUAACUUUGGCACCAUUCUGACAUUUGGCCUGGGCACUCUCUUCUGUUGGAUUCAGUCGUACAUCACUCUGAAGGUGAACCUCAAGAAAGAAGGAUUCAGAACAAGUCUUCUCCGCUUCCUUCUGUCGACGGGCAUCACCAUCUGCUUCGUACUGUACUCCACUUUAAUGGCACAAGAGCUCCACAUGCACGCGGCCCGAGGACAGUGGUCUCUCGUUAUCCUCUUCCUAACCUUCAUCGGGACGUUUUGUGUUGAAUUUCGUCACUACCGCUUGGACUUCCAGGUCACAGACAUCAGUAGAGAGCCUGUCAGUAUGACCUUCACUGAAAUGUCCACACACUAUGCAGAUACAUAGUAAUCCUACAGGAAAGCUUACCAUGCUGUACUAAUGCCUUAUUUAGGAUUGUCAACAUGUGGCAUUUGAUUGCUGGAAGCCAUGGAGAUGUUGUUUUGUCUGGAAUGUCUCGGUAUGGCAUUAAACGUAUCCAUCUUGCCAGAAAAGUUACACAGCACACCUUUAAAUACACGGUUUCAAUACUGUGUUUCCACAUAUUUUAUGUGUGUAUAUAUAUAUAUAUAUAUAUAUAAUGUAAUUAAGUUCAGGUAAGACAGUUACGCAGGACAAUUAUUUAGAGAUUAUACAAUGCUAUUAGUACGCUAUUAUAAGCAGUGAUCAUGUUUUAAGAAAUAAGUUUGUGUAAGUUUAUAAUCUUAGUUUAUUACAAAGGUAAUAAAAGGUAAUAAAAUACGUUAAAUUAUAGGUAAAAUGUAAUAAAAUACAUUUAAUUAUAGUAGAGUAUAUUGCACAUUUUGACUAAAUAGUAAAUUCAGCUUCGGUUAUGUACUUGAAAAAGAAAUAAAUACAUACCAAAAAAUCUUAAAGUGCCCAUAUUAUGCUAUUUUCUGAUCUAUGAUAUAAUGUUUCGUUAUCAAAAACAUACUCUGUGUUCUGUUUAGUUUCAUUCACAAACCCUACAUAUUUAGGCUGAGUUCUUCUCUCAAACGUAAAACACUCUGCUCCACCUUGUGAUGUCAUGGGGUAAUACAGAAAGUGUUCCAUUGUGUUUUUAAACUCUACACACAUUCACUAGAACCAUUUUGGUGUUUUCAGCCCUGGAAUUGCCAGUCUCUUUUGAACUAAAUGUAACAGCGGUUAACUUGAAAACCACAGCUUCAUGACAUCAUGAGGUGGAACAGAGCAUUUUGAGCUUUGGAGAUGUACACAGACAAUAAUAAAAGUGAUACUAAAAUGUGUGUGAAUGAAACAAAACUAGAGCUAUGUUUUUAAGGACGUAACAUUAUAACCUGGCUUAAAGGUCACAAGAGUAAAUUUUGGGAAAUAUAGGACCUUUAAAGAACAAAUAUAUAGGGUAUGUAUAAGCUAUAUUUUUUUUUAAUUUUUCAGUGAUAAUUUGCUUUAAAAUGCACAAUGUUUUCUUUGUCAGGACUUUGACAUGUUGCUGAUAUGACUACUGUAACACUACACUUCUUACUACUACUACUUCUUUCAGGUAAGCUGUUAUUUUAUAAUAUUAUCUGUGGUUUAAUGUCCACAAAAUCAGUGUUGGCGAGGCAAAUGCAGUCUCAACUGCAUGACUCAUUUUGAAAUUCAGGUGUUACUUGUUACUGAAGUUUUUGAUGAUGGAGAAUUGUAGUUUCAUUUUCACUACAAUUGUCUUCUGUGUUCUCACUUAUGUAUUGAUUAUACACUGAUUAAAUGAGUUUAUAAUGUCUACCAAUACUAUCUACGGUAAAUAUGAGAUAAUGAAAUUUCAAGAGUCUUGAAAGAUUUUAUAGAUUCAUUGACAAAGUCCUUUUUUUAUUUAAAAGAAAAAACUGUUAAUUCAGUUGGGUCUACAUUUGGUCAAGAUCUUCCGCACUCCUGUUAUAUAUUGGAUUUGGAAACUGACGAUCUACAAAUCAAGACAAAAUUAAUGAAGUUUUGAUACUUAAUUUUUACUUUGAAAUUAUUUUAAAAGUACUCACGUGAUUUGUCUUUCUUCUUUUGGGCACCUGUUUAAAAACCAAGUCAUGGUAACAAGAAAACAAAACUGAAAAUAUGAUGAAUGAAAUUUAUUUAAAACUGUAUAGACUCAAACCUUUAGUUGGUCCAGUAUCCCGCUGCUUGUGAAGUUCAUCUUGAUUGACUAGAAAAAUAAUAGAUUUUUAUUUUUUUUAAGAAUGCACUUAUUAUUAUCUAAUAGAAAAUUUACAAUGAAUAAAUCUGUUCUUACCGUAAUAAUGUUUGCGGAUACUUGCCUGUCGUAAUCGGUUUAUUAGUUCUGGAGAGGCAAAUAUUGAAAACUUACCAUACUGUACUGCUGUAACUUCAAAUCAUUAAAAUAUUUGAAGUCUUUUGAAAAAUAAAAUGAAUUAUUGUUUACCUGUAUGAAA